AUGGCAGGAGCCCGCGCCCGCGGAGCGCGGCGGGGAGUGUGCGCGGCGCGCACCAUGGCCCGGAGCAGGGCGCUGCUGCUCCUGCUGCUGCUGCCUCCACAGCUGCCGCUGGGACCGGUGCUGGCGGUGAGGGCCCCUGUGUUUGGCCGACACGGCGCCCACAGCCUGAGCCCCGAGGAGAACGAGUUUGUGGAGGAGGAGCCCGUGCUGGUCCUGAGGCGUGAGGAGCCGGGGCCCGGCCCCGCCACCAUCAACUGCCCCCGGGACUGCGCCUGCUCCCAGGAGGGCGUCGUGGACUGUGGCGGCAUCGACCUGCGCGAGUUCCCGGGGGACCUGCCUGAGCUCACCAACCACCUGUCCCUGCAGAACAACCAGCUGGAGAAGAUCUUCCCCGAGCAGCUCUCCCGGCUGCACCGCCUGGAGACGCUGAACCUUCAGAACAACCGCCUGACUUCCCGAGGGCUCCCCGAGGAGGCGUUUGAGCACCUGACCAGCCUCAAUUACCUGUACCUGGCCAACAACAAGCUGACCCUGGCCCCCCGGUUCCUGCCAAACACCCUGGUCAGCGUGGACUUCGCUGCCAACUAUCUCACCAAGAUCUAUGGGCUCACCUUUGGCCAGAAGCCAAACUUGAGGUCCGUGUACCUGCACAACAACAAGCUGGCCGACGCCGGGCUGCCGGACAACAUGUUCAACGGCUCCGGCAACGUGGAGAUCCUCAUCCUGUCCAGCAACUUCCUGCGCCACGUGCCCAAGCACCUGCCGCCCGCCCUCUACAAGCUGCACCUCAAGAACAACAAGCUGGAGAAGAUCCCGCCAGGCGCCUUCAGCGAGCUGAGCAACCUGCGGGAGCUGUACCUGCAGAACAACUACCUGACGGAUGAGGGCCUGGACAACGAGACCUUCUGGAAGCUCUCCAGCCUGGAGUACCUGGACCUGUCCAGCAACAACCUGUCGCGGGUGCCCGCGGGGCUGCCGCGCAGCCUGGUGCUGCUGCACCUGGAGAAGAACGCCAUCCGCAGCGUGGGCGCCGACGUGCUGACCCCCAUCCGCAGCCUCGAGUACCUGCUGCUGCACAGCAACCAGCUGCGCGCGCACGGCAUCCACCCGCGCGCCUUCCAGGGCCUCAAGCGGCUGCACACGGUGCACCUGUACAACAACGCGCUGGAGCGCGUGCCCGGCGGCCUGCCGCGCCGCGUGCGCACGCUCAUGAUCCUGCACAACCAGAUCGCCGGCAUCGGCCGCGACGACUUCGCCGCCACCUACUUCCUGGAGGAGCUGAACCUCAGCUACAACCGCAUCACCAGCCCGCAGGUGCACCGCGACGCCUUCCGCAAGCUGCGCCUGCUGCGCUCGCUGGACCUGUCCGGCAACCGGCUGCACGCGCUGCCGCCGGGGCUGCCCCGCAACGUGCACGUGCUGAAGGUCAAGCGCAACGAGCUGGCCGCCCUGGCGCGCGGGGCGCUGGCCGGCAUGGCCCAGCUGCGUGAGCUCUACCUCACGGGCAACCGGCUGCGCAGCCGGGCCUUGGGCCCCAGUGCCUGGGCCGACCUCGCCCACCUGCAGCUGCUGGACAUCGCAGGCAACCAGCUCACGGAGAUCCCCGCGGGGCUCCCCCCGUCCCUGGAGUACCUGUACCUGCAGAACAACAAGAUCAGCACGGUGCCCGCCCACGCCUUCGACGCCACGCCCAACCUCAAGGGGAUCUUUCUCAGGUUUAACAAGCUGGCCGUGGGCUCCGUGGUGGAGAGCGCCUUCCGGAGGCUGAAGCACCUGCAGGUCUUGGACAUCGAAGGCAACUUUGAGUUUGGUGACGUUUCCAAGGACCGGGAUCGAUUGAAAGAGGAGGAAGAGGAGGAGGACGACGAGGAGGACGAGGAGGAGGAGGAGGAGGAGGAAGAGGAGAGGCGAUAG